UCUCACUGAAACGUUAAAAAGACAUCACACUCUCACAUUGUUAAAGAGAAAAGAAACGGCAACCCUCCAAACAAAAGAAAUCAAGCUAUAAAUCCUCCAAAUCAGAUCUCAAAUAUGUCUUCACAAAACUUCAAUGCAGGACAAGCUAAAGGCCAUGCACAGGCCAAGACACAAGAGUGGGUCGAGUCCGCUAAGGACACUGCUCAAUCAGCUAGGGACAAGACAGCGGAUGCAGCCAAUGCUACAUCCGAUUCUUGCCAACAGAAAAAGGAAGAGGCAUCUGGCUUCCUCCAACAGACUGGGGAGCAGGUGAUGAACAUGGCACAUGGUGCAAUGGAAGGUGUCAAGAAUACACUUGGAGUUAAUGACAACACUAGCCACAGCCACAAAAAAUAGACAAUUCUAGAGAAGAAGACGACGCCAAUAAGUAGGACUAAUAAUUGGCAUCGUCGUUUAUAAUAAAAACACAAGAUAAAUGAGGAUGACCCCCUCAUCAUUCUGUGUGUGUUAAUUAGCAUCACUGUCUUUUCAUUUCUGUAAUUUUGUUCUCUUCAAUGUUUUGGUUUGGCAAUUGUGCUCGUGAAAUGGGUUACCAAUUGUUCCCACUCCGAAUGGGGUGGAAAUAACCUCUUCCUUCUUCUAUUGUACUUUUUCUUUGAAAGAAAUUGAAGUAAAUAGUACUCAACUCUGAUUCGCUUCAAUCAGCAGAAUUUGAAUUUGAAUGAA